ACUUUCAGCAUUUUCUCUCUACGAUCUGGAAGCACUGAUUAAUUUGUAUCUCAUAUUUAGUUCUGUUUCAAAUCUGUGAUUAAAUUUUUUAAUUUCAAAUACGAAAAUGCCGCCAACAAAACAAUUGAACUUAAAUAUUGAAGUGGACGUUCUAACUGCAGGCUCAACUGCUGACGUAGUGAACUCAAUUCUGGAGUUCCUGCUAUUCCAACGAAAUCAAAUCCCAUUUGUUUACAACACUUACAAAUAUUAUGUCGGGUUAUGGUCAGAUGAAGUAGAAGGUAUUGCUAAUGGCGGCAUCGAAAUUUGCCCGAAUUCUGCACAGGCUGUAAACACGCUCCACUCUUAUCAAUUGGAGCGACAAAGGGAACAGGCUCUUCAAACAAAAGAGGCAAUAAGUGCAAUGCGGGAGCUCAUUAGAAAAUCUUUUGUCAGUAAUAACGUUCGCUGUUUAAGAUUUCUCUUCGGUCCAACUACGUUUACAGCAAAGGAAGCAUACACCAUACACAUACCAACCGAUUCAAUAUCGCGACUGCAUUUCCAUAACCAACACCGUAUUCCAAAUGCUCGUCUAAAUCAAACUUUAAUUUCACUUUUGACCAGCGAAGAUCUCUAUAGUAUUUUCUCACAUAAUCUUUGUCCAACAAACUUAUAUCUUGAACUGGAAUUGUUAUGUGAACCAGGAAUUGUAAAGGACACAUGUUCAAAGGCACAAUUACUACCCAAAGAUACCUAUCAAUUGCCUCCAAGUUGUAAGGAAAUUCAUUUUCACUUGCAGCACACGCCAUUCCCAAACGACAAUGAUAAAGUGGCUUUAAAUUGUUGUAAGGAAAUUGAAGUGUUUGAAGGGGUGAUGUGCCUUAAUAUAAACGACAGUGACAGUGAAAAGAGGAAUAGCGAUUAUACUUGCAGAAGACUAAAUCAAUUCUUGCCAACAUGGUGGGAGGCAGAUAUUUUAGUGCGAGGAUUUAAAGAAAAACAAAUAAAAGGUUUGAAUAUAUGGACAAAAUGAUUAUUAUCUUAACGCGAAAAUUUAUUAAUGAUCGAUUUAGCUAAUUUGUUUAUUGUAUGACGUUUAUAAAUUUACCAUUAUAAUGUAGUAACGUUAUUUUAUAUAAGAUCAAAAAUAAAAAUUCGCUCAUAAUAAAAAAUA